CGUUACUACCGAGGCGGAGGAUGAAGACCGAUGAAGAAAAAUUUCCAAAGGGUAAAGGAUUAGCGGUCACGGUGGCUUGUGGCAUCUGCAAACGGCAAUUUGCCAAUUCAGACUUUGAGAAAAUUCACAGCCCGCAGGUCCUUGACCGUCGAACCAGCUCGCCCACAUGACCACCCGAUUGAAGAUACCCUCGGCUGAAGACUCCACCGAAAUCGACGCUGUCAUUACAUAUGAAGGGAAACACACGGGAGAGGGAGCACCAGCAAUCAUAAUAUCUCAUCCUUAUGGGCCUCUAGGUGGCAGCAUUGUAAAUAAUGUAGUGCAAUCUCUACAUAAAUAUUUUUCAUCCAAGAAUUAUGUUACGGCUAGCUUUAACUUUCGUGGUGCAGGGCGAUCUGGAGGACGGACGAGUUGGACGGGCAUGCCUGAACGACAGGACUACAUAGCUGUGAUGAACCAUUUAUUUAAGUCUAACGCAUAUCCUACCAUCUCCUCCAUCAUAAUAUGUGGAUAUUCCUUUGGGUCCAUGAUAGCCGGAUCCAUUACUCCACCAGCCGAUAUUCCCUCCAGAUACUUACUAAUUAGCUAUCCUCUAAGUGUGAUGUGGGCACUGACGAGCUUUCACAGUACGUUUUUCAAGGAGCAAGUGAUGCAAAGGAUGGAUAGUGCAAACGAUGCAACAAGCGGACCAAUGUUGUUUAUCAUGGGCGACCGAGAUCAAUUUACUGGACUUGGUGCAUUGAAGAGAUGGAUUGCCGACAAAGCAACGGAACGGACUACCCUAGCUGUUGUUCCUGACGGUGAUCACUUUUGGUUUGGCAUGGAGGAGACUCUCAUCCAAAUUAUUGAUUCCUGGCUGCAUCAGUAGUGCGGGUACUUUUUAUGUAGCAUAUAUGCUAUUCUUUCGUUGAGUGUUAGAACCGUUAUUCGAUGUCAUUUCUUUUCUGUUUAUGACGUGCUGCCGUUCUCAAAUCAAGGGCAUAUUCAUUGAAGCGAUGUUGUAUCAUCCACAUCGCAACGUGCGGUGGGGUUAAUGUGGAAACAGAGAAAUUGACAACGAAUAGCAUGUUAAAGAAUUUUUCUAUUUCAUUGUUAUUAAAGACUA